ACAAAAACAGCAUACUUCCUCCUCGUUCGAAAAAAUCAUUUCUGCUUGUACAGGAGCCGUUAUCACCAUGUCAUUCAAAAUUUAUUAUUUCUUUUGGACCAAUAGUGAAUCCUUUGGACAUUGUGAAGACUCGCUUACAAGAAGCAACCAAAAAAAAUAGUAUGAAUGAAUAUAAAGGAACCAUUGACGCCUUGGGCAAAAUUUUCAGAAAUGAAGGCAUAUUUGCAUUAUGGAGAGGAUUAGUACCUGGAUUAAUUAUGGCAUUACCAUCAACUGCCAUUUAUUUUGUUGGAUAUGAUUAUAUUAAAGAUCAUACAAGAGACCGCUUUACAAACACAGUAUUUGAUACUUAUUCACCUUUGUGGGCCGGCGGAUUAGCGCGGACUAUGGCAGCUUUGGUCGUGUCUCCUCUAGAAUUAUUUAGAACCAGGAUGCAAUCAGUGGAUGGAAUCAAUGGGUUUUCAAGUGUUUGGAAUGGAGUGCAGAAAAUGGUGCAAACAGAAGGACCUCAAGCCUUAUGGCGAGGUCUACUACCAACGAUGCUGCGUGAUGUGCCAUUCUCAGCCGUUUAUUGGAUGGGCUACGAAGAUAUUAAACAAAGGCUCGAAAAGCACAGUGAACAUAAUGAUAUGUCACGGUUUCAAACAUCGUUUAUUGCUGGAGCAUCUUCUGGCAUGUUUGCUGCUGUGGUAACAACACCAUUUGACGUGGUGAAGACACAACGUCAAGUGAGUUCUGAUGCAAAAGAGAGGCGUAGUGCCGAGAGUUGCAAAAGUGGCACCAGCAUGUGCUAUUAUGAUUUCCAGUUACGAAAUGGGAAAGCAAUUUUUCGCCACUAGGCGUGUCAACAAUAGUCAAGCAUAAUUUUAUGUUUUUUGUCGCAUACCCUUUAUGAUAGAAUUA